CCAGAGUACAUAACCUCUGGAGGAAGGUGGAGUUAGCAGGGUUAGCUUUAAUAUAUUAUGAACUAUAUCAUUUCCAAAGGACUUAAGUUGGCUUGUGCACGGAAAGGCUGAAUUUUCCUCUUUGCCUCCUCUACAAUCCCAACGUUUGAUUAGGCCAGUCAAAGCAGCAGACUCUGUGCAGAUGGAUUUCAUUGCUGGAGCCAUUGGAGGUGGCUUAAGUGUUGCUGUGGGUUAUCCACUGGAUACAGUAAAGGUGAGAAUUCAGACGGAGAGGAGCUAUAAUGGAAUUUGGCACUGCAUUCGAGAAACAUACAAAGCAGAGAAAGCAUGGGGAUUUUACAAAGGCAUGUCACUGUCAGUCUCCACAGUGUCGCUUGUUUCUUCUUUUUCAUUUGGGGCAUACAGAAACUUCCUUUAUAACAUCUGCAGAUUAAGAUAUGGCACUUCAGACGUGAAGCCAUCAAAGGUGGAUAUUUCUGUUGCUGGAUGUGCUACUGGUGCUGUUCGGGUGGUGCUAAUAUCGCCUACCGAAACAGCUAAAGUUCGAAUGCAAACUCAGAAGCAAUCACAUUACUCAGUUACAGCUUCUCACCUCUCCAAGCCAAAGUAUCAAGGACCUGUGCAUUGUCUGAGGAUGAUAGCAAAGGAGGAAGGUUUGGGGGGUCUAUACAAAGGUUGUUCUGCAUUACUGUGCAGGGACUGCCACUCAUUUGCAACAUAUUUCCUAACCUAUAAUAUCCUGUGUGAUUGGUUUACUCCAGCUGGAAAAAAUAAACCAGACAUACUGACUGUGCUUAUUUCUGGUGGCUCUGCUGGAGUGUUUGGGUGGGCCGUAGCUACUCCUAUGGAUGUAAUUAAAUCACGGCUGCAAGUAGAUAACUUGGGCCAGCGCAAGUACAGAGGACUCAUACACUGCAUCCGAGUCAGCGUGAAAGAAGAAGGAAUAAGAGUUCUUUUCAAAGGACUUGGAUUAAACUGCAUUCGGGCUUUUCCAGUGAACAUGGUGGUGUUUGUAACAUACGAAGGCGUAAUGAGAGUUGCAGAACAUCUUAUGAAGUAAAAGCAUGUUACAUCACUCGGUUCUAAGGUGGCUGCUUCCUUUGAGAAGACUUUUCAUAUAACAGAACACUCAAACAACAGUCCACCAACAGAGGUCUUGGGUGAAAUCAGUAGACUUAUGGGGGAGUGAAAUGCAGAAUUGGAGAGAAGUGGCUGAUGACUACUACAUUGUGUCCAUUUAGUUGUCUUGUCAAGUUGUCUCCUACUUUUGAAUAAACUUGAUCUAACUUGUGUA